AUGGCUGGCGUGGCCGCGCGGCGGGCCCGUGCGAAGCGCGCCGCCGUGACUAAGGCUCCUGCCGGCGUCUGCGUGGAGUCGGCGGCGUCCCAGCCCCUGCGCUCUCCCGUGGGGACCCUGGUGGCCAAAGUGGCUUCUGCCAGCGCUCCUGCUAAACUCAGCAGCGGCCCUGGGCUGCCCGCGCCCCACAUGGUCGCCGUGAAAGCCCCCAGCACCGCCACGAUCCAGCUGCCUGCCAGUUUGCAGCUUCCGCCAGGAACAGUUUUGAUCAAGAGUAACAGCGGUCAGUUGAUGUUGGUAUCUCCUCAGCAAGCUGUAACAAGAGCUGAGACCACAAGUAACAUAACAUCAAGGCCAGCAGUACCAACGAAUACUCAAACUGUCAAAAUCUGUACGACAUCGAAUUCUAGCUCACAAUCAAUCAAGAAAGUGUCAGUGGCACCUGUUGAGAAAUUGGCACAAGUAGGAACUACUGUGGUAACUACUGUUCCGAAGCCUUCCUCAGUACAAUCUGUGGCUGUGCCAACCAAUGUCAUCACAGUUACUCCUGUAAAGCCGUCAAAUGCUGUAACUUCCCUGAAGCCUUCAAGUUUGGGAACAUCAUCCACCUCCGCGAAUGAGCCCAAUCUUACUGCAGAGAAUGCAGCAGCUGCUCAGACUGAUCUUUCUCCAACAAUGAUAGAAAAUGUGAAGAAAUGUAAGAACUUCCUUGCAAUGUUAAUAAAACUAGCAUGUAGUGGAUCACAAUCCCCAGAAAUGGGGCAGAAUGUGAAGAAACUGGUGGAACAACUUUUGGAUGCAAAAAUUGAAGCAGAAGAAUUUACCAGGAAACUCUAUGUUGAACUCAAGUCUUCACCUCAGCCUCACCUCAUUCCUUUCCUUAAGAAAAGUGUGAUUGCCUUACGACGACUUCUGCCUAACUCCCAGAGCUUCAUUCAACAGUGUGUUCAGCAGACUUCUAGCGAGGUGUUGGUCAUUCCUACCUGUGCUACAGCCACUUCUCCUGUGGUUACAUCAACAGUUUCCUCAAUCCAGUCUGAAAAGUCUGUUGUUGUUUCUGGAGCAACAACACCCAGAACUGUGUCACUGCAAACUCUGAACCCACUUGUUGGUCCAGGGGGAGCAAAAGCUGGAGUUGUGGCACUUCAUUCUGUGGGCCCAGCUGCUGUACCAGGAGGAACAACAGCUGGAACUGUUUUGCUUCAGACUUCAAAACCACUUGUGACAUCUGUACCAAACACAGUGACAGCAGUUGCACUGCAGCCCGAAAAGCCAGUUGCCUCUGGAACAGCUGUAACGCUAGCCCUUCCAACAGUAACUUUUGGAGAAACUUCAGCUGCAGCUAUAUGUCUUCCAUCUGUGAAACCUGUUGUUACUUCUGCUCGGACCACAACUGACAAGCCCAUCAUCGGCGCUCCAAUCCAGAUCAGACUUGCCCAGUCAGGUCCUGUCCUUUCACAAUCAACUGGGAUUCCACAGGCAGUUAAAGUCAAGCAGCUAGUAGUUCAGUGUCCUUCUGGAGGCAUUGCAAAACAAGUGACUACACUUUCCCAUUCCUCAGCAUUGACCAUCCAGAAACCUGGACAGAAGACGAUGCCAGUGAACACUGUCAUACCUACCAGUCAGUUUCCUCCAGCUUCCAUUCUAAAGCAAAUUACUCUGUCUGGAAAUAAAAAUUUGUCGCUUCAAGCAUUUCCUAUUCAGAAAAAUAAAAUAAAAGAGAAUGGAACAACAUGCUUCAGCGAGGAAGAUGACAUCAAUGAUGUGACUUCCAUGGCAGGGAUCAACCUCAGUGAAGAAAAUGCCUACAUCUUAACAACAAACUCUGAAUUGGUUGGCACGUUCAUUCAUUCAUGUAAAGAAGAACCAUUUCUUUUCAUUGGAGCUCUGCAAAAGAGAAUUUUAGAUAUUGGUAAAAAGCAUGACAUUACAGAACUUAACUCUGAUGCUGUGAACUUGAUCUCCCAUGCAACACAAGAGCGAUUACGAGGCCUUCUAGAAAAACUGACUGCAAUUGCUCAGCAUCGAAUGGCUACUUAUAAGGCAAGUGAAAGUUACGUUCUAUCUAGUGAUACCAGGUCACAGCUCAAAUUUCUUGAAAAGCUGGAUCAACUGGAGAAACAGAGAAAGGAUUUGGAAGAAAGAGAAAUGUUACUUAAGGCAGCCAAGAGCCGUUCCAAUAAAGAAGAUCCAGAACAGCUGAGAUUAAAGCAGAAAGCCAAAGAGUUACAGCAGUUGGAGCUUGCACAGAUACAGCAUAGAGAUGCUAAUCUCACAGCUCUUGCAGCUAUUGGACCAAGGAAGAAAAGACCACUGGAAUCUGGGAAUGAGGGCUUAAAAGACAACCUUCUCGCUUCUGGGCCAUCCAGCCUGACAGCCGCCAAACAAUUCCUUCGUCCAAGAAUCACGAGAAUUUGCCUCAGGGACUUGAUAUUCUGCAUGGAACAGGAAAGGGAAUUGAAGUCCUCUCGAGCUCUGUACCUUGCCCUUCUAAAGUGACCAUGCCACUCUCCAUCCACAUCCUUGCUGUUUACUGCCAAAGAAGACAUCACAAGAUUGUUGCACUGUCCAGAAAUUUCCAUUUCUGGAGAAUAAUCAUCAAUAUGGAAGACCAUUGUUUACACUUAUAAACUUUUAUUGACUUCUUACCUUUCCAUUCCGUGGGGUUCUUAUAGACUAGAAUUCAUCUUUGUCUUCUGAAAAUCAGUUAUGAAAUAUACUUUACACAGAAGUAGGCAUCUGCCUACCUGAGCAUUUAAUGACAGCAGGUUAAGGCCCUGUUUGUUACUACCUGCUUCAUCUGCCAAGUUGUAACAGGUGAGGUGGCUUUCCCUGAUGCAGCCUGCAUUUAGAUGCAGAAAGGAAGAGCCACUCAAGAAAAUAUGGGAAAAAUACAUGUCAUCUUAUACUUAGCCUGUC